AUUGGCCCGUAAUAGAGAUGGAGUUUGCGGGGUGGAAAGGAGAUAAUCGAAGUCUAGAGCUUUUUCUAGAGUCGCUAAUCCAAGUCAAGGGGUUGGACGAAGCAAAAACCUCGGUAAGUCUCGUUUACUAUUCACUGCUAGAAAUCAUGCCGGUAUGCUUACGAUAUAAAACAAAGUGUCCUGAGAAUAUCUUAGAGGAAGCCCUUCGCUCCCAUACUGACGCGACAGUGAUCAUCUAUAACUCUAAACAAAUUGGGGAGCACAGCCUAGAACGAUUAGGGACCUUGACAAAUUCUAGCACGGAGAUUGCCGUGGCUUUAUAUGGAACACAUGGUGAUACUGCCAAUACCAACGAGCAAAGCGAAAGGAGACUGGCCCAAUUUUGGAAACACAAUUACCAAAUG